AUGGCCUCAGGUUCAGGAAAUCGAGUACAGUACGGUGUGUUUGUGGGACCUCUCAGAUGUCAGGACGUUCAUCCUAACGAAUUAGCCCGGCGCGUCUACCGGCUCAUGAUGGGCAUUGGUCUCAGUGUGGAACACAUUGACAAAAUCAGCUUGAACACCGACAAGGGAUACGCCAGGGUUGGACUGUUUGAAAUCGACUGUGAGAACUAUGUAGUUGAGCGCUGCGGGGAAUUUAAAUAUUUGACUGGCAUUUGUGACCUUUACCAGCUGACAACUAAACCGCAGUAUUUCCGAGUGAUAAGGUUACAGCCGUACACUGAUGAAUUUAUG